AUGCUCUCUCCCAGUACCACGGAGAAAUUAGUUGAACCCCGCAUAGAACCAUCGAAUCCAUUCCCGGAACUCAACAGAGCAAACCAAGCAUCACGUUUGUUGAAGAAAAGACAUUCUACCGCUGAAGAUUUGCCGGAUCCCAAGGCGGCUGGGGGUACUGGCAAGGAGGGUGAGCAACAAUUUGGCCCAUGGAUGAGGGCGAACACUGGGGGAUGGCUUCAAUCUCGAAACAAAAGAGCUGCAGGGACUAACCCUCUGAAACAAAGAGAGACUGUGCAGGGCAACGGUUCUAGAUUCGCGGUGCUAUCGGAGAACAGUAGGGAUGACUACGGGAAUGUCUUUAAUGAAAGUGAUAAAGGGAAAAGUGUCUUCAAUGCGCCUGAGACAUCGUUCCAAACAAGGAAGAAGGAGAGACGGGAUUUGACAAAAAGAAUGGACUCAAUGAAGGAUAACAAGAAGGAAAAUAGCGAAUGGCAUGUAGUUGGUUCGAGAAAGGGAAAUGUGAGAGGAGGAAAUGGGAAGAGUAAAGACAAUGUCAAUGUUGUUCUCCAUUUGGAUCAUCCCAAGGUGCUCCAGGGGUUCAAAACCUAA